UCUUUGAGGCAGCGUUCCAGAGAGGAUAUCUGCUGCUCGCAGGCAGGACGGGAUUAACUCAACAACUCAACUCAUCUCAUCUGCAUAUAGAUGCCCAGAGAGAACCAGGCGCAGGGGCUUCAGACACUCGCUGAAGAAACUCUGUUUGGACUUAUUGGACGAUCACAUUGGUGAUUUGUUUUGGCACCCCCAGAUCUCUGGCAAAAGAUGUAGAAGAGUCUGUUAGGGGAUCUCGGAGUUGUGCUUAAGUUUUCUUUAGUCGGUGUGUUUGGUGGGGAGUCACUCCUCAAGCGUGCGAGAUGCCGUCUCGCGAAUCCUAUGUUCUCCGUAAGGAGGAGAAGUCUCUGGUGCACAAGGCCAAGGCAGAGGGCAAGGAGCAGGGGAUGGUGGCCGCUGCUCUGGGGAUGAAGAUGAGUCCUCAGAAACCUCCGGCCACUCUCUGGCAACCUCUCAAACUCUUUGCUUAUUCGCAGCUCACGUCGCUGGUCCGUCGAGCCACGCUGAAGGAGAGCGAACGGGCGCCCAAGUACGAGAAAGUCCACAACUUCAAGGUGCACACCUUCAGAGGGCCGCACUGGUGUGAGUACUGUGCCAACUUCAUGUGGGGACUCAUCGCUCAGGGAGUCAAAUGUGCAGAUUGUGGGUUGAAUGUCCAUAAGCAGUGCUCGAAGGUGGUGCCCAACGACUGCAAGCCGGACCUGAAGCACGUGAAGAAGGUUUACAGCUGUGAUCUCACCACACUGGUCAAGGCUCAUAACGCUACACGACCCAUGGUGGUGGACAUGUGCAUACGAGAGAUCGAAGCACGAGGUUUGAAGUCGGAGGGUCUCUAUCGAGUCUCUGGAUUCAGUGACUUUAUUGAAGAUGUGAAGUUAUCGUUUGACAGAGAUGGAGAGAAAGCAGACAUCUCCGUCAGCGUCUAUGAAGACAUCAACGUCAUCACAGGUGCUCUUAAACUCUACUUCAGGGACCUGCCGAUCCCCAUCAUCACGUAUGACGCAUAUCCACGCGUCAUGGAGGCUGCCAAGCUGACAGACCCAGAUGAGCGUUUGGAAGCUCUGCAUGAAGCUCUGAAGCAGAUGCCUCCCGCUCACUGCGAAACCCUGCGAUAUCUCAUGGCACAUUUAAAGAGGGUAACUCAGAACGAGAAGGAUAACCUGAUGAACGCUGAGAAUCUGGGCAUCGUGUUCGGCCCGACUUUGAUGCGGGCGCCCGAUCUGGACGCCAUGACGGCUCUGAACGACAUCCGCUACCAGAGGCAGGUGGUGGAGUUACUCAUCAAGAAUGAAGACAUCCUCUUCUAGCAUCGCUGUCGUGAAUGCACAUCUGUGCUGUUUACCGCAGCUCUGCGCUGCGCUCUUCUGCUCUGACUCAGUCUGGACUCCCAGAUGAAGGACUCUUGUAUUACAGUGCAUUUCUGGACCAGUACUUACUAACACUUCUCCCUGUCUGAUGGGUUCUGUUCCUGUAUCUCGCAUGUCUUCCUCCCCAUUUUUGUCGGGGGUCGCUGAAGCUGAGGGGUGUGACGUACCUCAGCAUUAUUAUGGGAUGGCAUCGCUCUGUCGCGUCAAAAGCGGUGGAGUCCAGCAGAUCGGGUUUCUGUUCCAAACAGGCUUUUUUCUUUUGUUUUUGUAAAACAUUGUGAAUUUGAUAUUGUCAGUUUUGGAGACACUUUACCUGAAGAGCCAUAAAUAAAGUUGGUGACAUUGUGCAGGCAUAAUAAUCUCUUCACAUGAUGUAUAAACUCUUCAUCAGUCAUCAUUCAUACUUGUUCAUAGAGGUUUGUUAUUCAUGUAUGUAUAUGAAUGUUUAUCUUUGACAUAUUUAUGGCUGAGCAGGUAAAGUGUCGCCAGGGGUUUUUCAAAAUCAGAUUUUUUAUAUUUGGUUGUUUUUUAUUCCUUCCGUCAGGUUGACCUGACUCUGUUCUGCUGUAGAAAGAAUUACUUCUGCUGUAGACAGGAAGAAUAUUUACAGUCCAUGUACAUUUCAGGAUCCUUGAUCUUAGACUCGCCUUUAGAAAACACUCUUACGCUCACAUGACUGCUUGAUGCUUUUUGGUUCUGUGUUUUUGUAUUUGAUUUAAGCAUGAAUACGUUAAUUUAUUAAAAUGUACUUUUAGUGCUGUGUUCUGGGUCAGUUCAUUCUAAACAAAUCUAUCCAUUAAGAUGUUAUUUUUUUAGGUUAAUUAAUAUUUUAAAAUGAUUCCAUAAUAUGGAGUGCAACAGUCUAGGAAGUAAAAAAAGAAAAAAAAUCCCAUUUAUUCUCUCAAUAGAGGAUUUGCUUUUUAGCAAUAGUUUAUAAACUUUU